CUGGCACACGACAAGACUGGGAAGCUGAUCCCCCAUGUCCUGCAAUCCACCCUGCUCCUGCUUGCCCCGAUUCUGUUUGCCGCAUCGCUUUACAUGACGCUCAGCAGAGUCAUCCGUGCUGUCGGCGGUCAGUCAUGCUCCAUGAUUGCUCCCCGAUGGCUCACCACCGUCUUCGUCUUCAGCGAUGUCUUCAGCUUCAUCGUGCAAGCUAGCGGUGCGGGCCUGCGCGUUCAGGCGGGGACCCGUCCUACGACCCGAUCAUGUCCGAGUGCGACCGCCGUGGCGUGGUGCUGUUUGUGCAUCCCAACGAGACGGUAAUGCCGCCGCUAGAUCCAAAGGUCUACGGUUGGCAGAUGAUCGAGUUCCCAACCGAGACGGCACGCUGCCUGAUGUCCAUGGUUGAUCAGGGCACAUUCACAAAAUAUCCCAACAUUAAGUGGAUCUUUAGCCACAACGGCGGCUCAUUCCCGUACCUCUUUCAGCGCUGCAUCCGCACGCUGUCGGGCUCCAAGCUCACGCUGCAGCGCAUCUUCGGCGGUGGCAACAUCUACAUAGAGUGCUCGCAGGGCACGGCUAUGCAAACAGUUAUGCUAAAGAGCUUGGGCAUCCGCGCUGAGAACGUGUUGACAGGUAGUGACUGGCCUUUUACAGGCAAGGAUGAUGUCGUGUCGACGCUUGAUGAGAUGUACGGGCCGGAGAAAAGUGGCAUGUAUACGCCGCAGGAGAUUGAGUUGAUACGUGCGGGUAAUGCACUCAGGCUGCUGCCGAGAUUGAAGGCCGAGUACAUCAAGAACGCGUGGUUUAAGGAGUAGAAGUGCAGCAAGCGACAGGGCAGC